UACACACGCAGCAGCGAGGCGGACGCACAGAGAUGCAAAUAGUGAAGAAGAAGUGAGGAGCGAACUUUUUUUUCCUGCUGCUUCCAUUCAUUCAGACGCGCGUGGAUUUUACGCAACAACUUUGGAGCACCUCCAACAAAGUGAUCACCGGACAGAGGAGCAGGCACGCAGACAUCUCCGUGACAAGCUGACGAUGUGACGCCGGUGGAAGGGAAAGAGAAACUCCACCAAAUGACCACCAACAUCUCCCAUCACCACCACCACUUCUGCUGCUGCUAUUACGCCUGUGCGCAAAGCCUGAGCAUGACUGGUUUGUUUAGCGUGGACGCGUGGAUCCGUGGAAGCAUUAACUCAUCCAUGCAUUCUAAGAAAACAUAGUUUGGAUUACUUUGUGUGUGUGUGAGUGUGUGUGUGCGUGUGCGCGUGUGUGUGUCUGAGAGGACAGAGUCACGAUGCGCGGAACCCUGGGCGCAUUGAUCCAGUCCUGCCUGGUUCUUCUGGUCAAAAGUGACCAGUGGAGGAUCAGAUCUGACUCAAGCAACUGUGAGCUCCACAAGAAACAAACAGACUUAAACUCCUUCUUAUGGACGAUCAAACGGGACCCCCCCUCGUAUUUCUACGGUACAAUCCACGUUCCCUACACCCGUGUUUGGGACUUCAUCCCUGAGAACUCCAAGCAGGCCUUCCAGGAGAGCAACAUAGUCUACUUUGAGCUGGACCUGACAGAUCCGUUCACCAUCUCCGCUUUGACCAGCUGUCAGCUGCUCCCCCAGGGCGAGAACCUGCAGGACGUUCUACCCAGAGACAUCUAUCGCAGACUUAAGAGGCACCUGGAGUACGUGAAACUCAUGAUGCCUUCGUGGAUGACGCCAGAUCAGCGAGGGAAAGGACUUUAUGCGGACUACCUCUUCAAUGCCAUCGCCGGGAACUGGGAAAGGAAACGACCGGUUUGGGUCAUGUUGAUGGUGAACUCGCUGACCGAGGCGGACAUUAAGACAAGAGGCGUGCCGGUGCUGGACCUCUACCUGGCGCAGGAGGCGGAGAGGAUGAGGAAGAGGACGGGAGCUGUCGAGAAGGUGGAGGAACAGUGUCAUCCUCUCAAUGGCCUCAACUUCUCCCAGGUGAUCUUUGCCCUCAACCAGACUUUAUUACAGCAAGAGUCUUUACGGGCAGGAAGCCUCCAGGUCCCGUACACGACGGAAGACCUGAUCAGGCACUACAACUGUGGAGACCUCAACUCCAUCAUCUUUAACCAUGACACCUCACAGGUCCCAAACUUCAACAAUGUAACACUGCCCCCCAGUGAGAAGGUGACCGCCCAGGAAAUAGAUACCUACUUCCGACAGGAGCUCAUCUACAAGAGGAAUGAGCGAAUGGGCAAACGGGUCAAAGCCCUACUGGAAGAGCACCCAGACAAGAGCUUCUUCUUUGCCUUUGGAGCAGGUCACUUCCUGGGCAACAAUACGGUCAUUGAUGUGCUUCGCCGCCAAGGAUAUGAGGUGGAGCACACCCCUGCUGGGGAGCCCAUAAGCAGGAGAUCAUCCAGACCCGACUUAAUGGAGUCAGAGGACCAAGAAGUUGAAUCCCCUCUCCUGGAGCCUUUCCUCCAUGAACUUCCAGACAGACAUGAGGAUGACGGCCGUCCCCUGGAGGACGACAGGUUGACCCACAUGCUCCUGCCUUCGGACAGCCUGGAACUGUUGGAGAAAGCGGAGAAGAAGAUGCUGAAGAAGAGGAGAAGAAACAAGCAGAAGAAAGAGCGACACAGGCAUUUUAACGAUCUCUGGGUCCGCAUAGAAGAGAGUGCCAUGCCCCAGUCCCCGCCUCCCCCGGUGGUUCGCAUUAUCAACGGUUACAUCACAGUGAAGCCUCCUAGCCGGGCCUUCAACCACUACAACUAUUAUGACCCACCAUCUGCCUCAUCGUUCCCGUCGUCCUCACUCGUCCUCCUGUGUGUGUCUCUGACAGUCGUCCAUCAGGCAUGGGCGAUGUUACUCCAGUAGAGUAUUUGUUGUACACACAACUCCUCCAGUCGAAGUAUUUGGGACUAUGCCAAAGCCGGCGGAGCAUCUCUCGUAUAAAGUGAGAACAGCAUGUCAGGGAAUGCUUUGUGAUUCUCAAUUUUUUUCAACGGUUUCCGUCAAGCAUAAAACCUCAAGAGCAGGAGGUGUGAGUGUGUAAGUGUGUAAGUGUGUGUGUUUGUGUGUUUGUGUGCAUUAUCUAUCAGCUCUUAAGCCCCACGGCCUUGCCAACCGCAGUGUUUCCAGACUUUUAAUUUAUUCUUCCACAUUAGAAGAAUUCUAAUUAGCGUUUAAUGCUACAGAAUAGCUUAUGCUACCAGGGGACAUUUGUAUAUAUUGUGUUUAAAUAUUAUAGAUGUAUUUUAGAAUUAUUAAAAAAAACACAACACACAUGUUUAUAUGAUGAUAUAAAUAGAUAUGCAGUAUUUUUUUUAACAGAAAGGCAGGAACUAACCACCAUUGUCUAUAAAGUGUCACUGAAAUGUUUUUUUAAUGAUCAUAAAAUAAUAUUUGACUUUGUGUAUCAGUGCUAAUGUGUGUGUCCACUUAAAAAAUGAUAGUGCAUUGUCUUUUUUUCCAAGUAUUUGUUUAAUUUAUUUAACUACAUUAGUUUUGCUUUACGUUAGAUGACAGUCCCGUUUUUUUUUUUAAUAUGCAUUUUGUUUAAUCCCUUUUUACAUACACACAAAAUGCAUAUCAUCACUCUCCAAUGGAAAGCAUGUAUUUCCAAUUUUGGCCAGUGUUGGGCAAAUUGCUUAAAGUUAAUUAUUUAAUUAAUUAUUUAUCUUUUUCUGUGUUUCUUCUUGCUCCGGUCCGGCCGCUCCAAAUUCGCAUAACAAAAACAUCAAAUAACGGCAAAUAAAAUGUCAUAGUACAGGGAAGUUGUAGCCAACACCUUUCCUGACAGAGUAAAUCUGUUUAGCAUGUAAGGGCAUUUAGAUCAACAAUACUAUACUAUAUCAACAAUAUCUGUCGCAAUGGCUGGACGGGACACAAAAAAAUUAAAAUAAAAAAAUAAAAUUAUAAUAAAAAAUACUUUUAAAAAGUAAAUUAGUUAAAAUUAUUAGUUAUUUUCCCAGAAAAAGAAUUACUUGAUAACAAAAUUAUUCCUUCAUGAAUGGAAUUAGUUACCCGGGAAAGUCAUUAUUGCAGUAAUUUCCUGAAAAACCUUAAAGUAUGUAAUUUUUUUCGGCUUUAGGUUUUGCAUGUACUAAUUUGAUUCAUAUAAUUUGAUUAUGCUUAUGAAUUGCAUUCCUCUACCAAAACACUAGGAGGCAGCAACUCUUGUUGACUAGCUAUUUAGCUUCCUGGGUUGCAGUCGAGACUGAAGCGUAGUUGAUAUCAGUGACCACAUUUCAUAGUUGUAACAUUUAAGUUAAUUAGAUUUUCAACGUCAUUACUCCCAACACUAGAAGCAAUAAGGAAACAUGCUUUUGAUUGGACAGAGAUAAAUUAAUAAUAAUAACCAUAAUGUGUUCCAAAAGCUUUCACAUUACAGGAUAAGAUGAUUCCUAGUAUUUCCAUGGCAGCAAUAAAAUCCUUACUAUCUCGACAGAUUCUGUCCAUUCUUCCAAUUUGUCCAUGCAUCUGCACGCCACCGCCACUG